AUGGGCUGCAACAUGUGUGUGGUCAAACGUCCAGAGGAGCAGUACAGGAUCAUGUUCCAGCAGAAAGGAUGGACCAGCUCUCUGCGGCCGAUGGACCGACACGGGAACCCGAAGGUGAAGCUGCCAUCAGUCGUCUUUAACGAGGUUCCUCCGCUGAUAGAUGGAGAACGCUGCGUCCGCGCUGCCACCUGCUCGGCUGAUUUAUCGGCUCUGGUGGUCGUCUCUAGAAGUUUAAAGCUGCUGCAGGCCGACAUGUUUCUGGAUCUGAUGCAGACCAGAAGCUUCCAGAAGCACAGCGAGGCGUUUAGGGAGCGUCUGGAAACUCCAGCAUGCCCCGAUGACUGUACGCUGGUGUGCAGCGGGACAGGAAGCUCCUCCAUCUCCUCCGUCGCCAUGGUAGCCAUCCCCGACUGCGUGGACGAGGCCACGCAGACCGACAUCAGCUUCCAGAACUUUGUGACGCUGAGCAGAACCAGAGGUCACCAUCAUCACCACCAUGAGGUGGAGCUCUACAAGUCCAGCCAGCAGGAGAAGCUCGGUCUGACCGUCUGCUACCGGACCGACGACGAGGAGGACCUGGGGAUCUACGUCGGAGAGGUGAAUCCAAACAGCAUCGCAGCAAAGAACGGACGAAUCAGAGAAGGGGACCGAAUACUGCAGGUGAACAAGUCCGCCGUUAAUCCUCCUCCAGAUCUGGAAAAGUUUGAGCCGGAGGACGACAACGACGACGACGACGACGACGACUCCCAUCACCACGAGCUGUCGGCCAUCAACGAGCUGCCGGAGCGCGACAGCAGCAGCGCCUACAACACCGGCGGGGAGAGCUGCCGCAGCACGCCAUUGGUCAGCACCGAGCAGAUCCCGCCCCUGCAGGAAGAUGAAGACGGCGAGGCGGGGAGAGGGCGGGGCCUGACGUCUCCGCCUCCUCUGCUCCCCCUCGGCCGCCUCCCCCCUCUGAACUCCCCCCUCACCCCUCGGCGCCACCGGGACCGAGAGCGCCGCCACUCCAACCUCAGCUGCUCCUUCUCCCCCAGCACAUACAGGAAGUAUGAAGCAGCCAAUGGCAGCGCGGCGAAUGGCUCAAGCUCCACCCCCUCCACGCCGUCAAAGUUCAGAUCGCUGAGCAGGGAGGUGGCAUCAUCAUCAUCAUCAUCAUCCAGGAGAGCAGAUGGAGGGCGGAGCUCCAGAGCAGGUGGAGCCCCCCGGAGGCCUGACGGUGGAAGUGCAGAGUCGAGUCCAUAUUUCACCAGAAGACGCCACAACAAACCUCCAGAACGCUACCAGAGCUGCAUGACGCUGCCGUCUGAGGGCCUGGUGGAGCCUCUGGACCGGGUCAGGGACCGGGUCAGGGACCGGGCCGGGCCGGAGGGCGAGGACAGAGGGCCGGGCACCGGCAGCAGCGGCCCCGCCAGUCCCCACAGCGUGAAUAGCGCCCCCUGCCCUCUGGAGGACCAGCAUGUGGGGGCAUCCAGGCUGGGACUGGCCUUACCGCUGGUACUGACCCAGUCGUCGCCAACAGCGUCACCGCAACGCAUGGAGUGGAAGGUGAAGAUCCGCAGCGACGGAACUCGAUACGUGGCGAAGCGUCCGGUCAGAGAUCGACUGCUGAAGGCUCGAGCCAUGAAGAUCCGAGAAGAACGCAGCGGCAUGACGACGGACGACGACGCCGCCAGCGAGAUGAAGCAGGGCCGGUACUGGAGCAAAGAGGAGAGGAAGCAGCAGCUGCUCAGGGCCCGAGAGAACCGCCGCAGGAGAGAGUUCAUGAUGCAGAGCCGCCUGGACUACCUCCGAGGAGACAGGGAUCCGUCCUCGUCAGGAGCCACCGAGCAGCUCCAGCCCCGACAGAGCUCCAGCAACAUCCUGCUGCUGAGCCACAAGAAGGUGAUGAAGAAGAGGAGCCGCCGCAUCCUGGACAACUGGAUCACCAUCCAGGAGCUGCUGGCCCACGGGUCCAGGUCUCCGGACGGGAAGAAGAUCUACAACCCGCUGCUGUCCGUCACCACCGUGUGA